ACAAGCAGCAAUCAAUGGCGUUGAAAAAGAAAGAAGAUUUGCGACAAAAAAACCGGGCCAUCAUCAGCCGCCUGAUUGAUGUUGUUAAAGUCCUUUCAAAAGGCGGCAAACCCUUCCGUGGCCACUCGGAACGUGAAGACAGCCAGGAAAAAGGACUAUUCCUUGAGCUUGUCAAUUUACUCGCUAAGUACGAUCCGCUGCUGAAAAAUCACAUCGAAACUGGGCCGAAAAACGCGCUCUACUUGAGCAACAAGAUACAGAACGAUCUCAUAUCGGCACAGCACAACGUCAUCUUCCGGAAACUUAAAGUGAAGCUGCGAGGAAAGCAAAUCACCCUGAUUGCGGAUGAGACCAGCGACGUGGGUCACCAUGAACAACUUUCGGUAGUGGUACGUUACGAGGAUAAUGGAGUACCGGUCGAGACCAUUGUUGGAGUCUACCGGAUUACCAAAACCGACGCCGAGACUAUCUUCACGAAAAUUUGCGAAGUCGUUGUUUCUUUGGGUCUGACGUGGGGGCAAAUCGACGCUGUUUGUUUUGAUGGUGCGAACACCAUGUCAGGAAGUCAAAAUGGUGUCCAAGCGCGGUGCAAAAGGAUGAACCCUCGGAUGCUAUUUGUGCACUGCUACGCACACUGUCUUAACUUGGUUUUGGUUGAUGCCGUUACAUGCAAAAAGGACAACACCACAGCUUUUGACUUUUUUGGCGUUAUUCAAUGCUUAUACGCAUUCAUUGAAGGGAGUCCCUCCCGGCACGCAAUUUUCGAGAAGGUGGUGGCCAGAUGCGGAAGCCAGCUGAAGACCUUGAAAACUCUUUCGACUACACGGUGGGCCGCUCGUGCAGAAGCAGUAACGGCGAUCAGCGAGCAACUUGACGAGAUUGUGCAAACUCUGCGGGAAAUCGUCGCAACGACCAACUCACCAGAUGUCAAGCUGAAGGGGAAAAGUAUUUUGCGGCAGCUGUCAAGCUUUGGUUUUCUUGUGGCCCUCAACACAUUGGAGCCCAUUCUUCAGCAGAUUUUAACAGUUAGCAAAGCCCUUCAGGGUGAACAUGUUAACUUUUCCACUUCCAUGAAAGCUGUGGAAUUGUUGAAAUCGUCUCUGAUAAGUAUGAAAUCAAAUGACUUUUUCGGAUCUGUCUACAAGAAUACUGUAGCAACCUGCAGCAGGAUGAACAUCAAGGGACCAGAACCACACGGAGACAGCGAACAAGACUAUUGGAACACAUUUUUCCUUCCCCUCAUCGAAGCGCUGGUCGCGGGAAUCGACUCGAGAUUUGAGCAACGUUCAACACAAAUUCUGCGAUGUCUGGAGAAACCAUCCUUCUAGGGGCAACGGACGAGGAAACCAAUACAGCUGCGAAAUUUCUGAAUAUUCCACCUGCAGAUCUACGUGCUGAGCUAAGCCUCUUGAAGAUGAAGGAUAAAACCAACAAAAAUCCGCAAACAAUACUGACUGCGUUGGAUCAAUCGGGUGAAGCUGAGAUAUUUCCUAACUAUAGGAAGCUUUUGUGUCAGUUCAUAAUCUAUCCAGUUUCGUCGUGCUCAGCUGAAAGAGCUUUCUCAAAGCUUACUAUCAUUAAAACAAAACUCCGUUCGACAAUGACUCAGCAAAGACUGAACGCUUUGAUGAUGCCUUUCAUUGAGCAAAAAAUUGCAAAUGAAAUUGAUAAUGAAAGCAUAAUUGAUGAGUUUAAUAAGUUAAACGAUACAGUUCGACGAAUUUAUCUGUAAAUAAAUAUCUGUAAAUAACAUCCGGGAAUAAAUAUAUGUAAAUAGCAUCUGUAAAUAAUUAUCUGUAAACAGCAUCUGCAAAUAAAAUACCAUCGAAACAUCUUGUUCCGUUCAUCAAACAAGUUGUUGUAGCUUAUUUCUUAAAGGUUUCCGAACUAUGAA